AUGGGAGUGAUAAAACAUGGCCUGGGGAGCUGGUCCACAAUUGCCAAGGAGUUUGUGUCAACUAAGACCCCACAUCAAGUUGCCAUAUAUGCUGAGUCUUGCUUUUUGCGUCUCCAGAAACCAUUUCUAUAUAACUUGGGCAUCGAGAGGACAAAGCAAUUACCAACAAUCAUUCCUCCUCGUGAAAUGGAUUUGAACUUACCACCACCUGAUGAUUAUUCAUCAAGCUCAAAGCCCCCUGUUCCAGCAGCAUCUGGUUCAAACUCUAUGGCUCCUCAAAAGCUGGACAAGUACACCUCCCUUUUUUUCCCUCCGGAGGCUUCUUCAGAUGAAAGGAGUGCUAAAACUACUCCACCUGUUAAGCCCGAGAAGCCGGUGAGCCUCCGUGCUUUGGCUGAGGAACCUGAGCCUAUAAAAAUCAGUCUUGCGCUGCCUGAGUUUGAGAGAGACAAUGAAAUGGAAGAGGAAGGGCUCAACCUAGAGCUCACCUUAGGUCGUGGGGGUACCAGCUAG